GGCGAAUUCGGGCGUGUUUAUGCCUCGUCCUGCUCUGACUUCAUCGUCCGGAGCCCAAAUCCUGGCCGUCAAUCGCUCUCCUUCGCUUCCCUGACGCAAACCGCGCUGUCCACAGCACUCCCCGUAUCGCAACGACCCCGACAUCUCCCGUUGUACGGUGGAGACAGCGAGAAGUCUUCUGCGGAUCUGAGGCAUAUUCGACACUUUACAACUUAUCGUCGCCCUCAUGGUUUCCCCCGCUGCAAACAUUCAUAUACCCCCCCUUCGCCCUGCUUCUCCUGCUCCUGCAAACUCGGAUUUUGUUCGACAGCAAGUCGCGAGACAGCAGAAGAACAACUACCACUCGACCUCACUCAGAAACAUGGUUGCUACAUCUGUUAAUAGGACCGCCCUGCACCCUGGUGGUGUUCAGCCGGGCAAAGGACACACGGAGCUUGAGGAGGAGCUCCAUGAGACAGCGCACAUUGACUAUGACCGAGUGGCAAUCAUUGCGAAUCCUUCCGUUGCUGCCCUCUACGAAGAUGCCCUUGUCUAUGAAACUGGAACCGCCAUCACAUCCAGCGGUGCUCUGACCGCAUACUCCGGUGCCAAAACCGGCCGCUCACCCAGCGACAAGCGUAUCGUGGAAGAGGACUCGUCCAAGAAGGAUGUCUGGUGGGGUCCUGUGAACAAGCCAAUGAGCACCGAGGUCUGGCGCAUCAACCGCGAGCGCGCUGUUGACUAUCUCAACACGCGCAACCGCAUCUACGUCGUCGACGGCUAUGCCGGCUGGGAUGAGAGAUACCGUAUCAGCGUCCGGGUCGUCUGCGCCCGUGCCUACCAUGCCCUCUUCAUGCGCAACAUGCUCAUCCGCCCGUCGCACAAGGAGCUCGAGAACUUCCACCCCGACUACGUGAUCUACAACGCCGGGUCGUUCCCUGCCAACCGCUACACCGAGGGUAUGACCUCUUCCACCUCCAUUGCCAUCAACUUUGCCGACAAGGAGAUGGUCAUCCUCGGCUCCGAGUAUGCCGGUGAGAUGAAGAAGGGUGUCUUCACCGUGCUCUUCUACGAGAUGCCUGUUAAGCAUAACGUCUUGACUCUGCACUCGUCCGCCAACCAGGGCAAGGAUGGCGACGUCACCGUCUUCUUCGGUCUCUCCGGUACUGGCAAGACCACUCUGUCCGCUGAUCCUAAGCGUGCGCUCAUUGGUGAUGACGAGCAUUGCUGGACCGACCGUGGUGUCUUCAACAUCGAGGGGGGCUGCUACGCCAAGUGCAUUGGUCUCUCUGCGGAGAAGGAACCGGAUAUUUUCAACGCCAUCCGUUUCGGAUCCGUCCUCGAGAACGUCGUCUUCGACCCCGUGAGCCGUGAAGUCGACUACGAUGAUGCUACCCUCACGGAGAACACUCGCUGUGCCUACCCCAUUGAGUACAUUGAGAACGCCAAGAUCCCCUGCUUGAGCGACAACCAUCCCUCGAACAUCAUCCUCCUCACCUGUGAUGCUCGCGGUGUGCUGCCUCCGAUCUCCAAGCUCACGACCGAGCAGACCAUGUUCCACUUCAUCUCUGGUUACACCUCCAAAAUGGCUGGUACCGAGGACGGUGUCACAGAGCCUCAGGCAACCUUCUCGUCUUGCUUCGCUCAGCCCUUCUUGGCCCUGCACCCCAUGCGCUAUGCACAGAUGCUUGCGGACAGGAUCCAGAAGUACAAGGCCAAUGCUUGGUUGCUCAACACCGGCUGGGUCGGCGCUGGCGCCACCACCGGCGGCAAGCGUUGCCCUCUGAAGUACACUCGUGCCAUCCUCGACGCCAUCCACAGCGGCGAGCUUGCUAAGGCCGAGUACGAGGUCUACGAUGUCUUCAACCUCUAUGUCCCCAAGUCCUGCCCCGGCGUGCCCAGCGAGCUGCUGAACCCCAGACACAGCUGGACCGCCAAGACCUCUUUCAGCGAUGAAGUCAACAAGCUUGCCAAGCUUUUCAACGCCAACUUCCAGAAGUACGCUGACCAGGCAACCAAGGAAGUCAUCGCGGCGGGCCCGGUGGUCAAGGAGUAAAUCGGUUUCGAGUUUGUUCUUUCUUUCUUUCUUUUUUUUUCCCCGUCGCGCGUCUUCUGUUGAACCUCCUUUCCCGAUUUCAUCACUAUUUGCAUGGCGAGCCGCGAUUUUUAUUCUUGCUUCACCCAUUCUUGGGAAUUUGUAUCCAUACUUGCUCCGCUUGUACAUCUAAAGCGGCAAGCCAUGCCUCCGUCCUUAUUUUUGGGUCACUAUUUCUAAUCUUGGCCUUUCCCUGCUGAAAAUUGGGUUGUUCGGAUACUGCGGAUUGGCCUUAUGAGUCAUGAAUAUUAGUUAUUACAAUGGAACGG